AUGGAUCAAAAUCAAGAGAAAUGGACAUUUAAAGAUGUCCAACGUUUAAUAAAUACUGUUAAAGUUCUAAAUCUGACAUUACCACCGGAAGAACAUGAAGAAUGGAAAAACAUUGACAAAUUUUUAGAAAAACCUGUUGGAUCGUCAAUGAAAAAAUGUCAAAAACUUAUGCAAAAGUAUUUGAAGGAAUCACUUAAUCCUUUUACGACUUGGUUAUUAUUAGAACCAAUGAAACAAUUGUUAAAAGCAGAAAAACCUUUUGAUUUCUGGUUCGGCGAACGUUUUGAUGUUAGUUCAGAACAAGACGAAGAAGAUUUAACAAGCUUUUUCUCGUCAGUAUCAAAACAACAUUCCUUAAAUUCAAUGAGCAAUGCCGAUGCUAUGUUUUUGACGCAACUUCUUCCAGACCUCCAAAAACUUGACGAAAAAUCAAAAUCAUUUUUUAAACUUAAAACUCAAGAACUUGCAUAUCAAUUAAGAUUUCCGAAUUAA